GACCCGCUUCUUCAAACAGUAAAGAUUUCCACUGCGUCGUUUCUCUUGCUAUAACGCAAUGCAAUGGCGAUAAACAGUUUGUGCAUGAUGCGUUAGGUUAUUAGUUGCAGUCGACGUUUCGGAUAAAGUCAUUCGCGAAGAUGGACCCGUCUGAUGCAGUAACAGCACAGACAUGCCUUGAUGAAUGGAAUGACUGCGAGAAAGAAUACAUGCAACUUGAGACUGACCAUGAGCAGUAUAAGAGGAAACUGGAAGAGAUGCUGGCCUUGCAGAAGAAAUGUCUGACAGGCAUUGCCAGUCAGAGGAAGAGAUUCAAGAAGAUUCAGGGACACUGUAAACAAGCAGAAAAACAGAACAUGGACAGUGAACAAAAAGAUAUGCUGAAGGAACUGGAUAUCAAAGCUAAAAACCACAAAACACAUUUUCGUGAAAUGGAGGAGUGUCUUCCACACAAGAAUGGAAUAUACCUGAGCAUCAUCCUCGGACAGGUGAAUGUGUCUCUGCUAAACAAGGCAGAUAAGUUUGCUUAUAAGGAAGAUUACGAGAAGUUUAAAGUGACAGUAAGCUAUAUAACACUGAUACUGUCUGUAGUAUUGUUCUUCAUCACCGGAUCACGGUGGCUGGAUGCCCUGCACAACUUCCUCCUUGUGUGGUACUACUGCACUCUGACCAUCCGUGAGAACAUACUCGUGGUGAACGGCUCGAGAAUUAAGGGGUGGUGGGUGACCCACCAUUUUAUAUCAACAGUUUGUGCUGGGAUAGCAUUGAUUUGGCCAGAUGGCUACUCCUACCAGGCUUUCAGAACCCAGCAUGUCAUCUUCUCUCUGUACUUAAGCAUGCUGUAUGUCCUACAGUACUUCUACCAGAAGGGUUCCCUGUACAGACUACGAGCGCUCGGUAAAGGCCAUGAGAUGGACAUCACUGUCGAGGGUUUCAUGUCCUGGAUGUGGAAGGGGAUCUCCUUUAUACUGCCAUUCCUGUUUGCUGGCUAUUGUUUCCAGCUGUACAACUCCUACGUGUUAUAUCAUCUAGCUCUGAAGUCUCCACACUGGCAGGUGUUUGCCCUAUCUUUCCUCCACGGCUUCCUUGGAAUGGGAAACAUCACAACAACACUGUUUGUUGUUAAACAGAAAAUCAAGGAACAAGUAGCGGGCAUGUAUAAAUCUCGCCUCACCAACAAAUACAGAUUCAAUGCACUCAAAAAAAACUUGUGAAGAAUCUGAACGGUGACACCCAGACCAAAACCUUGAGGCCAUAUAUACCAGCUGUGAGGAAGGGGCUCCUACUGGUAUAAAUAACCUUUUGACCUUUUUGGCUAAUGUAGGCUUACUUUGAGUGUUAACUAUUUACUAUAGUCAGGUUCCCUCUCACAUGAUUACUUAUGCAGAUAAACAACAGCCAAACACUGCUGCGCUUCCAAAUGGUGAUGUAGUGCAAAUGAAGACUAGUCGGACCACAGGAAAUCUAUAGUUAAGCCAUAGUGUACUGGACAUGUAAUCAUAACUUCCUGUUUCUCUUUACAUGCAUUUUACAUGUAACCAAAAUGAGAUUGCUUCACUAUUGUUAGACCAUUGUUACUAUAGUUGACACUCAAAGUAGGUCUAGGUAUGUAGUAAGUUAUAUUGUUAGGCACAGUUUUAAGUUAUCAAAGUUGUUAGUUCACCUGUUAACUAAAAGCUAAGCUUUUAUACAAGAAUUUUGUACAAUGUGUUUGUCUGUCAUUUGUUGUCCAUCACCUUCAAACUUUCUCUAAAACCACUAUGAAUUUCAACCUUCGAAAUGAAACAUCUUAAGAUAGCAUUGUUAGUGUAUAUCACAUUUAGGAAGGUCAAGUCCUGGUCAGUCCACAGGGACAUGUCUAGUCUUGUAUUAUAAAGUUAUAAGACUAGACACUUCCCUGUGGUCAGUCUAUACAACUUUGCCAAUUGAUUAAAUCAGAUGUAAAAACUGAUUUUGUCUGAAUUUGGUAUAAAGUAUUAUUCUAUGAUCAGAGAAUCUCCGAACAACUUGCCUCUGACAGAUGCCUUGAGGCAGGGUCCAAAAUAAGUAUUUUUCUUAAAAUAACCUGAAGACAGAAAUACCAUUCAUUAGAUAUAAAUUUUUUGGAUGGUCGAGAAACAAAGAAUAAAUUGUCAUUUACUUUCCUUUGAUCCAAAAAUAGAUCACCAGCAAGAGGUAUCGUUUACAUAGACAUGAUGCAGUGUAUGUCAUGCAUGUUCUAAGAAAGGCAGUUGUCAAAUUUAACACAGUUGUGCAAUUAAAAGUUGAGAGGUUAAUAAAUACACUUAAAGGGGGAUUCCUUCGUUUGAAUGAAGUUUAGGUCGUCAAAAUUAAACUUACUGGAAAAUAUUUAUUUUUUACUAGUAGUAAGAGUUAUAAUCUUUACAUUAAUAAGGCAGUUUUUACUCUCAAGAUAAACCAAAGUUCUUGGAGUAUUAAGUCCUGAAAAUUCUGAAUUCGACCAGCAAAGGCAUACAGUAUUUGUAUAAGAUACGCCUUUUUCUUGUACAUUUCGGCAUUUAUUUCGUUACAUGUAGGCACAGACACUCAUAUAAUCAUCGUCAGACAUAUAUUUCAUCAAUAGAAAUUGUGCAUGUUUCUGAUGUCCGAACGUAGGAACGCCCCUUUAAGGAGUUAUAAGAAGGAAGCUCAAACAAAGAUUGAAGCGAUUUAUUCACGAGUCUCCCGUGCGUGGGAAGAUAUUUAAUUGGAAUAGGUCUUAAUUUCCAUCUUUAUUUUAAAGAUUUUUUUUCUUUUUCUGUUUUUUUUUUUAGAAAAUGGAUGAGAUAUCAUUUUGAAAUAUUGCAUUUAAACUUUCCACAUCAUUAUUUUAUCCAGGUAUGAUACUAUAGAUGAACCUUACCAUGCACAAGCUCACUUUAUUUACUGAAUUUAAACAUAUCAGACCUAUCAACUUGUUCACUGUGAAUUACUUGUGACAUUCUGACAUUUCCCCAUGUAUCAGUGAUGAGAUUGUGUCUUGUUAACUGUUUAUGUCGUAAGUUAUUUAUAAAUGUAACUGUUGGUGCAAUGUGUGAUUAAUAUGCAUUUACUCAUAAGUAGCGAAGUAAUAAUAAGAUACUACCACUUGUCAAUCUGUCUUUUGGUAGUUUAGGGAUUUCUUAUGCAGUUGCUUUGGAAAACAGAACUGCAUAGGACUGUAUAUAUAUAAGGUAAUACGAUUACUCCUGUACAGGUAUAUAGUAUGUGAAAAUGUACAUAUAUAUAUAUUUUAAUGUGGAAUUGACUAUGUGAAUGUAUUUUAUGUGAAAUUGUAGAUGUUUUUCAUGUAGAAUCAUGUAUAUAUUUUAUGUGGAAGUGAAUGCUUUUCAUGUGGAAUUGUGAAUGUUUUUCAAGUGGAAUUGUGCCUGUAUUUUAUGUGGAUUCCUUUUACUAUUUUAUCUGUAGGUAUUGUUUAUAAGAAGUGUUAAUUGUAAUGACUUAUAGCAGGCCACUGUGAAGACUAAUUUCCUGGUGUCUAUGUGUGCCCACCUUGCCUUCUGAUACCAUAUGUUUCAGUGAGUUUUAUUACACAACAAAAAUAAAUUAUAAAUUAAAUCUAUUUGAAUACAUUUAUUUAAUGUACCAUUUGCAGGAACUUCUUGUAUAAAAAAAAUAUUACAUAUAAUUGUAUACGAAUUAUUAUGAUUUGAAGGAUUGAACAUUUCAAGAUUUUUGAUACAAAGGAUUGGAAAAUGAAAAAAAAAUUAAAGCUUGUUUAAAAGCAUUAAUGUAUCCCAUUAUGUUGUAUUCCUUUGUUGUAAAUCAUUUAUAAUGGAAAGGAUACUGUUUGUUGGAACGAUGUCUUUCAGAUGAUGGUAAAUGAAGUAUAAAUCGAGUGACAUACAAUUGCAUGAAAAACUAAGGGAGACAAUUCCUCCGUUACUAUGGCAUUCAAUAAAUAAAUAUCUGUAAAUGUCGGUGUCACACGGUAUCAUAAAGUGUAAAGUUUUAAAACAAAAUAAACAUCAUUGCUAAAAUUUUGAGGUUGAUAUUUGGUGUGUGCAAUGGUUUGUUUUUAAAAAGUCCCUCUUUCAGCUUUUUGUGCUAUUUAAGUCCAAUCAUAGACUUCUCUUUUGCUCAUAAAAACCAUUCUCACUGUGUGUUAUGGAAGGAAGUCCCUAAUUAGCUUGUGUUGUAUAUUAAAGUCCCUGCGACCACGACGUCGUCCCGAUGUGUAUAUUGUAAUGAGUAUCGUUGUUUAUCGUGGGUGCCAUUUGUUUAUUAUCAACUUUUCCAUCUCUGAGCCAUAAUUUACUGAUAUUUAGCUGAAUUUUCAUAGCAGGAAACAUUUUCCUAAGUUUAUGUGAGCUGGAGAAAAACAUGCUUAAGUCGCCUCAAGAUAUUCCCCUUAUGUAGCGUAAAUCAGUCAAAUUUCGGUGACAGAGAUUGGAAAAUGUGGGUAUAUAUAUAUAUAUAUAUAUGUGCCCUUGUUUGUUUGUAAUAUUAAGACCAUGAUAUCGAGGUAGAUAUAUUUUGUGUAGACUUGUACUAGAUAUAGUAGUGGGAAAACUUGGUAUAUUUUGUUAAUGUUAAUAAUAAAAUUGACGGCAUUUA